AUGGAUCGUCUAUCUUCUCAGUAUAGAUACCCUUGGUUGCUUAUUGGAGACCUGAAUGCCACUUUGCAUUCAUCUGAAAAAGUAGGAGGCAUAAAUACUCCAAAUACAAAACAUGCUCUAGCUACUCAAUGUAUUCGUAAUUUAGGUUUCAUUUAUGUUGUCUGGUCAGGUGAUCCUUAUACUUGGUCUAACCACAGACAAGGAGAUUCCCAUAUUAGGGUUCGUCUUGAUUGUGCUUUAGCUAAUACUACCUGGCAUGAUAACUUUCCUUCAGCUCAACUGAAUAAUUUACUGACUAUAGGUUCAGAUCAUGCUCCAGUGUUUUUGAAUACGGAAGGGAAUGUUAGAAGUAGGGAUAAGCCUUUUCGUCUGUUUGAAUACUGGUUAGGACAUAAAGAUUGUAAGGCUAUCAUAAGGCUGCUUAGAAUGCAAUGCGCAAACUCAUGCUAA